AAACACUACUUGAAUCACUUACUACCCUCCAAUUUGAAAAGUGAUGAAAAAUAUCAAAAUAUAACAUGUGCGGAACCACUCACGUUGGUCGGAGAAAAUAUAUUAACUGUGGAUGAAGACAGGUUAUUGUGCACUGGCAACACUGAGGUAGAUGGGAAAAUUAUGGAGUAUAGCAACACUGAUCCGGAAAGUGCCUUUGAUUUUGUUUUGGAACCUGAUUUGGCGUUUAGGGAUGUUCAAUAUUCUCAAACAUCAAUAUACGCGCACUGGUUCAUAACAUCCAACGAAGAUGUAGCUGAUUUCAUCCUCUACAUUCGGGACGACACAAAUAAACUACACUUUUCAUCCGACGUCGCUUACAACAUCCGCUCCUUAACCAUCACCAUCGAAAACGACUUCAAAAAGUCCCUUCAAGAAGGUAAAACUCACGAAAUAUGUAUACAAGCGAAGAAUUCAAAUGGUACCCCAAGAAAAUGGUUCCCAAGCCAGUGUCAGAAGCUUCUAGAAGAUUAUAAUUCUUGGCCCAAGAAGUUGGUGGUUGAUAAGAGACGGUUGACUAAGAAACGUGUGAAGUACACUUGGUUUGGUAACAGUGUGCUAGGGUUAGUUAGCGAUUCAAUAUUAAUAACUCUAUGUAUAUUCCUGAGUGUGUGUUUUAAAAUUACAGAUUUUGAUUUUUAGUUAAAGCUAGGAUGUUAGAAUGAAGUAUAAUGGUGCUAGUUUUCAAGUUGGUGCCAAUUAUUUGUGUUUUUUUUUUAGAUUUCGUUUUAUUAGUUGUUGGUCACGGCUUUGUUUGAAUGUCAGUUAUAGCUGCAUAAAUAUUACCCUCCUUUUAACGAAGUCGGAUAAAAGUAGCAUUCUUGUUAAUCCAAGGUAACGCCUUUAUUCAAAAUUUAAUCGAAAUCGGUCAAGCUGUUUGGGCGUUUGGGGUUAUAAACAUACACACAUAUCUUAAUUAUCAUUUUGACCACCCUUUGAUAGAGCACAGGAUUAUAAAACGACCUAUACCAAGAUAUUUGGAAAAAAAGAUAGGUAGGAAGUCUGUAAUAAAAAUAAAACUAUUUUAAAAAUGUUAUACAAAACAAUAUUGAGUCUCAAACAUGAUCUUUUAAAAUACCAUAAGUAAGAAAAAAUAUAUUUAUAUUGGGUAUUUGAUAAAGCUUUAAUAAUAAAGAACGAAUUUAUUUAAUUCAGUACCUAAGUAUCUACAAAUGAAUCGUUGUAAAUUUUAAUUGAAUUAGGUACUUUUUAUUUUUACCAAAUUUUAAACAAAAAUUUUC